AUGUUCGACAAUCAGUUAUAUGAGCAAAUUGAUGGAGUCAGUAUUGGAGGACCUCUAGCCGGAAUUAUUGCGGAUAUCUUCAUGGCCCAUUUAGAAGAGUCAUUACAUGAUCGGUUAUAUAAUAACGGAGUCCGAUUCUGGCGACGGUAUGUCGAUGAUACUUUUACAUUGAUUAAGCAAGAUGCCUCUGUAGAUAAUAUAUUAGUAUUGUUGAAUAGCUUUCACCCCAGUACUGAGUUUACGUUUGAGAUUGAAGAGAGCAAUACAUUACCGUUUCUUGAUGUUAGUAUCAUGAGAACUGAUUUCACAUAUGAUACAACUAUCUUCAGAAAAAACACAUUUACAGGUCUAAUCAUGAAAUGGGACUCAUAUGUCCCCAUAUCCUAUAAACGCUCAGUCAUCAGUGGUAUGAUUCAUAGAGCCAUCAAUAUUUGUUCAACUUAUUCACUAUUACAUGAGGAAUUGAAUAUUAUUCGCAAAAUAGCUCAAAGUAAUGGUUACCCUAGUUCUUUUAUUGAAAUACUCAUUGGGAUAAAAACUAGUAAAUGGUAUAGCAAAUCUGAUAAGUGUGUUGAUACGGAUACUGAUAAGAAAAAGAAAAGAUUGUUUAUUGAAGUGCCUUUUGUUGAGAAUAGUACAAGAAUGUUUAAAAAUGACUUACGGAAGUUUACAACUAAAAUUCGAUCAGAUUCACAAUUAACAAUUAUUGAAAAGCCUCCAAUAUCAGUUCAAAAUUUCUUUGAUUUUAAGGAUAAAAUACCAAAUUACUUGAAGUCUGAUGUCAUUUAUAACGUUAAAUGUAAAGACUGUAGUUCACAGUAUAUGGGUAAAACUAAACGACAAGCAUGUAGACGACUGUAUGAACAUGGAUUACCUAAAGAUACCUAUAGUUCUCAAUCAUCUCAGUCAUUAUCUAAUGUGAAUUCAUUCUCUAUGACCACAGCAGCACAAUCAGUGAAAACAGCUCGAAUAGCUAAAACAAAAGCUACUCAGAAAAUAACGGAACAGGUUAAACUAAUGAAUGCCUUUGAUCGAAAGAUUCUCAAAGAGAUUGAUAAUUAUUCAGACAUUAAAGAUGUGAAGUCUGCUCUACAAAAACAUGUUGAAGAUACCUCUCACUCUAUUGAUUGGGAGAAUUGGCGUAUAAUGAACCGGGACAAAGUCGAAUAUCGAUUGUUAGUCAAAGAGUCUUUGUUAAUAGCAUCAUUCAAUCCUGACUUAAAUCGUACAGUUAGAUCUGUACCUUUGAUUGUGUUUCCCGACGGCCUUUCUCAGAGAAAGAGCAAAAGGAAUAUUGAUCCAGGCGGAUAG